UUUCCCAAGAUUCUUUGGUGUAACUGGGCGUACAUGGGAUUCGGCAGAACUUCAAUUCAUCGCGUGCGAGCGUGCAUGUGUCAUGUGUUGCGCGUCGUGUCAUCGCGAAAAUUUUCGUGCGCGUCGCGACGACACGUCUGCUCGUCUUCUCGGCCGCGGCUCGAAGAUGGCGAAGUCCUCGUGUUUUGCGGCGACAUCGCUUCUCUUGGAGAACGAUGCCGCGUGUUUCGAUGUUCCCCGCGAAAUAUCAAUUGGCGCGCGGGAAUGUCUCUCGAUAUGACGGCACAACGAACGAUUGAUUGUCGCUAUGGGGGUUAAGUUACACAAUCCAUCCCCGAUGUGUAUAUCGGCGCAUUUGAUGUGCGAUUUGAGCGUAAAAAAAUAAAAAAUACGCGGCAUUGUUUAGCGCGCUCAAACAUGGAAUAAAAUUGCGAGCAAGAUAAUGUAAUAGGGAUGUCUCUGCUUGUCUGACGUUUGUCAGCGAGAAAUGUAUGUUUGCAGCUGCCGCGGAUUCGUAGGAGAUUAUGUCGGCGCAGCAAAGUACGGAUCUUCCAAAUAACACUACGAAGCAAGAAGAGGAAAUGAUAUUGCAGGAGUCUGAGGAUAAUUCUGUAGAUAUAUUAGAAUGUUUGUCAGUUAUGAUUAAUAAUAAUGACACUGAAACCGACCCUGACCAAGUGCAAGAACUCAUAUUGGACGAUCAGUUGCUUUCCACAAUGAUGGCUACAAUCACACUGCCUGAUGGAACUCAAGCAUUUGUUACAAAUAAUCUCAGUGAUAUCGAUCCAAAUCUUAAAACCCAAACAUUACAAACAUUUGAAAAUGGAAAUACCAUAUUGUUAAGAAGCUUGCCAGAAUUAGGUAAUGGCAAGACUCUUCAACUGGAACUGGAUCCGGCUACAUUUGUACAGACUGAAGAUACUACUGUUGAAAAUGUGGAGAACACAUAUUCACAAGUGGAGUUCAUCAAUGGCGCAGCUUACAUGGUCGCCAGCCAUAUGGAUGUCGAUGAAGAUUUAUGGGAAAUUGAAGAUGGGAAAUUAAAGAAAAAAGAUCCUAAGAUCGUGAUCAAUAAAUUGUCUGAUGUGAAAAUUAGAUAUCCCUGUCCCAGAGAAGGGUGUUCAAAGAUUUACAGCACACCUCAUCAUCUCAAGGUUCAUGAACGUUCUCAUACUGGUCAAAGGCCGUACAGAUGUACGCAUCCGAAGUGUAAAAAAAGCUUUUCGACCGGUUAUAGUUUAAAAGCACAUUUGCGAACGCACACGGGAGAAAAACCGUACAAAUGCACAAACGAAACAUGCAGCAAGAGUUUUAAGACAUCCGGCGACCUGUUAAAACACGUGAGGACUCACACGGGAGAACGUCCCUUUCUGUGUCCAUUCGAUGGUUGCGGUCGAUCGUUCACUACAAGCAAUAUUAGAAAGGUUCAUAUAAGGACACAUACUGGUGAACGGCCGUACAAAUGCACGCAUCCGAUGUGCGGUAAGGCUUUCGCUAGCGCGACAAAUUAUAAGAAUCACAUACGAAUCCACUCCGGUGAGAAGCCUUACGUUUGUUCCGUAGAAAACUGUGGGAGAAGAUUUACCGAAUAUUCUAGUCUGUAUAAACAUGUUCUUGUGCACGCACCGCUACGACCAUUCGCAUGUACUCUCUGCUCCAGAAGAUAUCGGCAGAGUAGUACGCUGCUAAUGCACAAAAGAACAGCCCACGGAUUACUCGAUGGCGACGAUGGUGCCGAUCAUUUACAAAAUCCUCUGGAAUUAUCUAGUCAAAGUGAAAAUCAAAAAAAGAUUGUGAAAGAAACUCAAAAGCUACUUGGAAAAGACAAACAAAUUCAAAUUUCCAAAGUGAUCGACAAUGUGAACGACAAGGAACCGCAGAUCUUACUAGUAGGAGAUUCUUUGCAAAUUGCCGCAUUACAGAAGAUCGAUCUGGACGAGAAUUUCGACGAUCCUGGCAUCGACGCAACAUUCGAGGGAUUAAAUAUGAAGAUCGAAGAUUUGGAAUUUACCUGGAACUAGUGCGCGAAAGAAAAGACAUGUACGCAAAGAAAAGUUCUGAGCGUCGAAUAUUUAUCAUCAUGGUAAUGUUUUUUCCAUUCUUUAGAGCAAAAUCAAAUGAACGAGAAUCAGAAUUGAUGAAAGAACUGUGUCAGAAAGUGAUUAAGCUACAUAGUAGCUAUGACAAAUAAAAUUUAAUUUUCUUA